CACAAAACAAGCCGGCUGGAUGUGUUCUUCCACUGCUUUUAACUCAACAGAGAUACUGCGCAAGAACCUGCUGGUGUGAAGAUUAUGAGUGAGGUUGUUUACACAAAGUCGCAGGAGGAAUAUGAGGACGACUUUGAGAAAGAUCUGGACUGGCUGAUCAGUGAGGAAAGCCGGAGCGAGGACCAGGAAAAUGACUAUGAGGACAUAGAAGCAGAAAUCGACAAAGAACUGGAGGAGGAUGAGAAACGGCAAGAAGUGAAAAGAAAGGCGAAAAGCCUCAAGGAGGAGAAGAGGGGCAACAAAACAGAUGAGUUGGAGGAGGAUGAAGAGAGGUGGCCCUCACCAAUGGAGCCAUUAGAGUAUGACUCAGACAGAGACAGCCCAAGUAAGUCAUCGCUGAUCGUCCCACCUCCUCCAGGGAUGGAUGACCAGACAGAUGAGGAGAAAAAAUACAUUCUGGAGAAGAUCCAGCAGGCUAAUCGGGAUCUGCAGGACCAGGAGGCUCCUGACAUGACGAGGCGCAGGCGGCUGCAUUUUAAAGAGAAGCUGGUGGAUCUGGUGGUGCCUCCGCUGCAGUUUGAGAGAGAUGCCAACAGUAGCGAGGUGGAUGGCGGGAAGAGCAGCAAGGAUAGAGCCAUGGAUUCAGAGGCAGAGAUUGAAGUGUCAGGGAAGCUUUCUGAACUCAAACUUUCUCCUCGGGAGGGAAGUGGAGGAUUUGGCAGGGCUGGGGAGAGCAGUGAGGGGGCGCAGGGGGUAAAGGAGGGCAGAGUCCUUGUAGAAAAGGAUGGUAAGUUUGACCUGGUCAGCCUGAAUGAGGUGGAGAGUCAAGGUCUUCUCCCUCCUAUAGCGAACAACUACAGCGACUACUCAUGCUCCUCUCCACGUCCCCAGGAGCAGACUGCGAGCUCCAGUAAGACCCACAGGUCCUCCUCCUCUCCUCGCCCUCGUGCCGGCUCUUCCCCCUUCCGGCAAGGCAUUGAUCACCUCCGAGCCCCCAGACCUCCACCUCAGCCCAGGAGCAGGCCCAGCUCGGCCAGCCACAGCCAGAGAGGCAGCCAGAGGAACGGCAGCAAGAGGCGGGUGCAGUCGGCCACCGGGACUCCCUGCCAGGCCACCUACACCCUCACCCCCCACCAGAAAGAGGUGCUGCAGAGGAUCCGGGAGAGGAAGGAGAAGCUGGCCAGAGAGGCAGAGCAGAGGAAGCAUGAGGAAGACGAGCAGAAGAGGCAGGAGAAUGAGCUGGCAUUCAAGGCCUGGAUGAUGAGGAAGAGAGAGCAGUACCAGGAGGAGAAAAGGAUCCACCGAGCCCAGGAGAUGGAGAGGAUGAACUCCAAGAGAGACUCCUGCGACCCGGAGGAGUCCUUCAGACUGUGGCUUCAGAGGAAGCAGAAGCAGCAGCACAAAGAGCGACAGCUGGAGGAGAUGAAGAGGCUGGAGGAGGACAGCGGUUACCUCUUACGCAGCCGUGAGGAGUGUGAACGUGCGUUCAAACUGUGGCUGAAGAGGAAACGGGCGGAGAAGCGGGCGGAGCAGCAGGCGGCUCGAGAACGCUCCCGCAGGCUCGUGCUGGAGGAGCGACGUGCUCGACGCAUGAAGGACUUGCUGUGUACAGUCAACGAAACCAAGCCGUUCAGAUUCACUGAACAGCUGGCCUACCGCUUCUGAAACCUCCUCAUAAAAACAAGAACUGAACAAUGUUCAAAAAAAAAUCUGGUUGUGAUGAUUUUUGACAGAUAUGAGUCACAGUUUUAGAGAAAAAUGGUCAUUUUUGGCAAGCUCCCUUAGAUCUGGGAAAUAUGAUUUGUAUGCCGGAGCAUCUCUGCUGCACCACAAAGCUUCAUUUUUACAUUUUACCUUUAUUAAGCUCCUGUGAUUUGGAUAUUGCACUCGGCCAUAUCACAUUUCAUUAAUAUUUCGAUGAAUUGUUCAGCCCUAAAAAAACGAACUAGAUUCUGUUUUGAUGCUACGAGUCUCAUCACGCAGGAUCAUUGAACCACAGACGGGGUGACUUGUGUGGAGCAGACAUAGUUUAUUCUGUGUUCAGU